AUGUCGAAAUCAGCGCUUGUGUUCGGUGCCAGUGGGGUCAGUGGGUGGGCAUUCGUCAACGAGCUUCUCCAUGACUACCCACGCCCAGGUAUCUGGAAAAGAAUAAACGCCCUGACCAAUCGUCCCCUCUCGCAAACCUCAACACUAUGGCCUGCCGACUCACGCCUAAAGCUCGUUGCUGGAAUUGACUUGCUGAACGGUAGUCAAGAAGUCCUCGCAUCUUCGAUGAGCGAAAUUGAAGGAAUUGAUGAAGUGACUCAUGUCUAUUAUCUAGCAUACAAAGCCUCCCUAGACCUUGAGAAAGAGUACAAGGACGCAGAAGCUAUGUUCCGCAGGUCAAUCAUAGCUAUCGACCGCGUCUCGUCCGCACUUGAGUUCAUAGUCUUGCAAACGGGGUCCAAGACCUACGGUUGCCAUCUCCUCUCGCAGCGCUCCUCAAUCAACAUGCCGCUCCCCCUCAGCGAGUCUCACGAAAGACUUCCAUCUCCACACGCAGAGCAGCUAUUCUACCACGCACAACUAGACUUCCUCUCUUCCUACGCCAAAGGCAAGACUUGGAAUUGGUGUGAAACUCGACCAGAUAUCAUCGUCGGCUUCGUCCCGAACAGGAGUUUUUACUCCCUUGCCACCUCCCUUGGGAUUUUUCUAGCGCUGUGGAAGGAAGUUGAUGGCGAAGGAGCCAGGUGUCCGUUCCCUGGGUCCGAAGGAGGAUGGGAGGCGCUUUGGAAUCAGGGGAGUAGUGAUAUGCUUGCGCGGCAAGCGAUUCAUCUUUCGCUUACGCUUCCCCGGGAAAGAAAAGGGGAGGCGUUCAACGUUGCCGAUGAGAAAGCGCCAGGGAGUUGGAAGAUGAAGUGGCCAGAUAUUUGUUCCCACUUUGAACUGCAAGGUGCUCCUCCACCGAAAGAAGGCACUGCGAUUGAGGUGAGGAGGUAUAUUGAAGAUCAUAUGGAUGCCUGGAAGGGGAUGGAGCGGAAAUAUGGGUUGAAGAGUGGGAUUGUGGAUUCGAUAUUCUGGUCGAGGAGGUUUGAAUUUGCUUGUCUUUCACUGUUUGAUUUUGAUAGGCAGUUUGAUAUGAGGAGGAUUUAUGGGAGCGGUUUUGAAGAGGAAAGAACGACGAAAGAGACGUGGGGUAGUGUGUUUGAUCGGAUGAAGAGGGCGAAUAUUAUUCCUUCCUAG